CUUGAACCCAGCUUAAAGUCACCUAUAGGUAUAUAAAAGAGGUAGCUUGCAAAUUUUUGUUUAGUCGAAGUUCUACAAGAAAUAAGAAAGCAUACUUAUCUCUACCGAAAUGCUGAAACACAUUUUUAUCGCGUUUGCAACCCUUUUGGCCAUAUCUUGGGCUUUUCCCACAGGGGCGCCCCCUACAGUCUGCGAUUCCAUGCUGCCAGGCCAUAAUGAAAGUUUACCUCAAGCCGUACCGUUAAAACAAAAGUUUACGGUGUCAAAUAGCGAAGUUAAAGCGGAAGAGGAUGUUAAAAUUGUUGUGAGUGGGCCGGAUUUCAAAGGAUUCAUGGUGGAAGUCAGAGCAAAAGAUCAAAAUAAAGCUGUGGGUCAGUUUGUAGAUGUUGAUGCUAAGAUUUCGCAAACUAUUGACUGCCACGGAAAUAAAGAUAGCGCCAUAACUCAUGUUGAUAAGGAGCCCAAAAAAGAAGUAACUUUAACAUGGAAAGCACCUAAAGAACAAGGAGAAUAUAUUGUUUGGGGCACUAUCGUGGAAAGCUACGAAGUAUUCUGGGCCAAAGAAAAAGUUGCUACACUUACAGUUAUUUAAAUAAACAGUAUUUUGUUUUAUAUAUUUUAUCAAAUAAACACGUUUUAAUAAUAUUACAAUCUUCU